CGGCCCGGAGCGCUCCUCAGGCCGCGGCGGUCAGAGGAACUCUAAAGCUCCGACUGGCGCGCCCUCACUUCCUUCUCGUUGUGGUUCCGGUUCCGGGGAGGGAUUAAGGUUUCCUGGAAGCCUGCGGGGCUCGGCCGCCGGGUGAGGAUGGCUGUGGUUUCGCUCCUGGUGUUCGGGGGCCUGUGGAGCGCUGUGGGGGCGUCCAGUCUGGCCGUGGUUACCUGCGGAUCUGUGGUGAAGCUUCUCAACACGCGGCACAACGUACGAUUGCACUCCCAUGACGUGCGCUAUGGAUCAGGUAGUGGGCAGCAGUCAGUGACAGGUGUGACCUCUGUGGAUGACAGUAACAGUUACUGGCGAGUGCGAGGGAAGACAGCCACAGUGUGUGAGAGGGGAACCCCCAUCAAAUGUGGCCAGCUCAUCCGGCUGACACACGUCAACACUGGCCGAAACCUCCAUAGUCACCACUUCACCUCACCUCUUUCCGGCAACCAGGAAGUGAGUGCAUUCGGUGAGGAAGGGGAAGGCGACUAUCUGGAUGACUGGACUGUGCUCUGUAACGGGCCCUACUGGGUGAGAGACGGGGAGGUGCGGUUCAAGCAUUCGUCCACGGAAGUCCUGCUGUCUGUCACAGGGGAGCAGUACGGUCGUCCCAUCAGCGGGCAAAAAGAAGUUCAUGGCAUGGCCCAGGCAAGCCCGAACAACUACUGGAAAGCCAUGGAGGGCAUCUUCAUGAAGCCCAGCGAGCUGCUGAAGGCGGAAGCCCACCAUGCUGAGCUCUGAGUCGAGGUGUUGAGCCUCUCCCCACACAGUGUUCACGGACACAGCGGCUGCUUGCCCUGUCCUCUAGGACAUGCACCCUGGACAGUGGCCACCCGGGGAGCUUCACAGCUGAAUCAGUUACUCCCAGACUUGGGUCUGCUCUUUUUUGAGGACUCGGUGAGGGGCAGAUGUUUGUUCUUCCUGUGUCUAAAGCAAACCAAGGGAGUCGGGAAAUAUUUACUCUUCAGAUGUUAGAUCAUGGAUUGUUAAUGUGUGUGUGACUUUUCCUGUUGUUUCUUCCCAAAACUGAUAAAGUGAGAAAUUUCUUGCUGGUCA